UCAAGCUAAUUAAUAUUGCUUCACUGGGUGUGAAGGCAUCUGAAGCAGGGCGAGCAUUGAGGCGAUGACGGACAGAGUUGGUUGCUUGUCCUCUGACAUUGCCAUGGUAACUUCUUUCAUCAGUUUGUCAGGAUGUAACAAAUCCUCAGCAGUUGAUACAUCCUCCUCUGUUAGGGAGCACAAAUCUUUUUCGUUCCUGCUCAUGUCUUGAGAAAGGAGAGUAGCAGAGAUGGCUGGUUGUUGCUCUAAAAAGCGCUCCAGCAUGUCCGAUACACUGUUCCAUCUGGUCACAACAUUUAGCAUAGCAUGAUAUCUUGUCAGGUGAUUUUGGAGAUUUGUAGUUUAUUAACAGUAACUGACCUCCGCUUGACAGAUCUUGCAGACCACUUUGGCUUUAUCCACCACAUUGUCUUUAGUUCUUUUAAAUCCGAAAUGGUUCCAGGCGUCAGACUUUAAUUGGGACGGCUUGCUGAGUGGUGUGUUACUUGCGUCGGCCAUUUUGCAUUUGCCCACGCCUGCUCUUGUACGUCAACGUCACUCAUGUCUCUAUAAAACUAAUCAAUCUCAUUCCCUACACAGCGAUUUUGUAAAAUUUUACUGGAAUCGAUCCAAAAUCGAUUAAAUCGAUUUUUUUUUUAAGCCACCCCUAUUAAAGAUAAAAGUGGAGGUCCAAACCUGUGACUGUACUAUCAGGUUGCAUGAUGGGAGAUGUAGUUCCAGUCUGUUUGUAUGUAGUUAGAUUGACACAAUGAUGAUUAAAGGAUCCACUUGCCCCCCAAACUGAAGGACAGAGUUUGGUGCUUUUAUGUGAGGUGUCCUUUCUUUAACUUGCAAUAAUAAGUCUGUCUGCUGUGUUUGUCUUUCAGACCGCCUGCAGGAUUUUGUUGGAAAAGAGGAGGAUUUCUCUGACCAGCAGCUCUGUGGACAGGAGAGGAAUUCCAGUUUGGACCAAGAGGAACAGGAACCUCUGCAGAUAAAAGAAGAGCAGCAAGAACCAGAACAUCCCUGGACAAAAGAGGAAACCAUGGAGCUCCCCAUUAGUGAGCACGAAGAGCAGCAACCUUUCCCAUGUCUGACAUGUGGAGAAAGUUUUCUACAUAAAGAACGUUUAAUGGUUCACAUGAGAACUCACAAAGGUCAGAGGAUUUAUGAAUGUCUGUCCUGUGGAAAACGCUUUACUAUGAAAUCUCAUCUUGACACACACAUGAGAAUUCACACAGGUGAGAAGCCUUUUGAAUGUCUGUCUUGUGGAAAACGCUUUACUGUGAAAUCUAAUCUUGAUAGACACAUGAGAUUCCACACAGGUGAGAAGCCUUUUGAAUGUCUGUCUUGUGGAAAACGCUUUACUCUGAAAUCUGAUCUUGAUGCACACAUGAGAAUUCACACAGGUGAGAAGCCUUUUGAAUGUCUGUCUUGUGGAAAACGCUUUACUAGGAAAUAUAAUCUUGAUACACACAUGAGAUUCCACACAGGUGAGAAGCCUUUUGAAUGUCUGUCUUGUGGAAAAGGCUUUACUAUGAAAUCUGAUCUUGAUACACACAUGAGAAUUCACACUGGUGAGAAGCCUUUUGAAUGUCUCUCCUGUCGAAAAAGCUUCAGCUCCAAGUCUGAUCUUAAUAUUCACAUGAGAAUUCACACAGGUGAGAAGCCUUUUGAAUGUCUGUCUUGUGGAAAACGCUUUACUAUGAAAUCUCAUCUUGAUAGACACAUGAGAAUCCACACAGGUGAGAAACCUUUUUCAUGUCUGUCUUGUGGAAAAAGCUUUACUCAGAAAUCUCAUCUUGACACACACAUGAGAAUUCACAGAGGUGAGAAACCUUUUGAAUGUCUGUCCUGUGGAAAAAGCUUUACUCAGAAAUCUAGUCUUUAUAGACACAUGAGAUUCAACACAGGUGAGAAGCCUUUUGAAUGUCUGUCUUGUGGAAAACGCUUUACUAUGAAAUCUAAUCUUGAUGCACACAUGAGAAUCCACACAGGGGAGAAUAAUUUUUCGUGUACCAUUUGUGACAAGAAGUUUAUUAGAAAAUGUAGUUUGACUUUUCACAUGAGAAAUCACACAGGCGAAAAGCUUUUUGAAUGUCUUUCCUGUGGUAAAAGCUUCGCUCAAAAAUCUGACCUUAAAGCUACAGUGUGUAAUAAUUACAGGGAUAUACAGUCAGAAAUGUAAUAUAUUAUACAUAACUAUGUUAUUUUAUCAUCAUCUACAAGCUCAGCCCCUUAACCUUAAUAUUUGCGUUGCCUUAGA